UCCUCGCCGCCGCCGCCGCCGCCGCCGCCGCCGCUCGCGCUGCUUGGCCCGCUCCGAGGGCUUUGCAUCCCGGCCCUCCGUGCCAAGUUUCUUCUGCCCAUAAUACUGGCUCCCCAGGCGGCCCACCCAGUGAGGUCCAUUGGCUCCCAAUAUGGCAGACGAAGACCUCAUCUUUCACAUGGAGUAUCUCGACAAUGCCAAGCUACCAAAACGAGGUUGUGGGGACUGCCGCGAUGCUGACAGCGAUGAGGAGGAGAAUUAUUAUAUCUGCCCGAUAACAGACGACCCAGUUUUGAGCAAAGCAGCUGAGGACAAAAUUCAUAACUAUUAUGGCAACUUGGUAAAAAAUGAGCAAUAUUCUUCCAGCUCUUCCCCACAGAAUUCCUUCCAUUUUAGGAACGGGACUCAGCAGCCCUCUAAGCCCAGCGCUCUGGCUGACCACGGACGGGAAGCGUGGAAACAUGCCAUUGAGAAAGCCAAGCACAUGCCUGACCCCUGGGCUGAAUUUCACUUGGAGGACAUCAAAAUGGAAAACGCCACCCGCUACAGGUACAAUGCUGUUACUGGAGAAUGGGUUGAAGAUGAGGUCUUGAUCAAAAUGGCUGUGCAGCCUUUUGGCCGAGGAGCGAUGCGGGAGUGCUUCCGGACGAAAAAGCUGUCCAAUUUUUUGCACAUGCAGAACUGGAAAGGGGCCUUUAAUUACGUGGCGAAGAGGUACAUCGAGACCGUCAACAGGGACGUCUAUUUCGAGGAUGUGCGGCUCCAAAUGGAAGCCAAGUUGUGGGGAGAAGAAUAUAACCGUCAUAAGCCCCCCAAGCAGGUGGAUAUUGUCCAGACCUGCAUAAUUGAAAUGAAGAACAGGCCAGGGCGACCUCUUUUCCACCUGGAGCAUUUCAUUGAGGGGAAAUACAUCAAAUACAAUUCAAACUCAGGAUUCGUACGAGACGACAACAUCCGUCUAACACCGCAGGCCUUUAGUCAUUUCACAUUUGAGCGCUCAGGACACCAGCUGAUCAUUGUCGACAUCCAGGGAGUUGGAGAUCUUUACACGGAUCCUCAGAUCCAUACUGAGAGUGGCACAGAUUUUGGAGAUGGGAAUCUCGGUGUGCGAGGGAUGGCCUUGUUCUUCCAUUCUCACGCCUGCAACAGGAUUUGUCAGAGUAUGGGGCUGAUGCCUUUUGACCUUUCCUCCAAAGAGAAGGACGCCUUGUUUCGGAGUAGCAAACUGCUUGAAUCAGCUCAGACGGUUGUGCGAGGCACAGAAGAGAAAUGCGGCAAUAGCCGUGUGAGAACCGUCUCUUGUGGCCGCCCCCCCCUCCUUUUCCGUCUUUCUGAAAACUCGGGGGACGAAAGCAUGAGUGAUAUGGCAUUCGACUCGCUGCCCUCUUCGCCUUCUUCAGCAACACCUCACAGCCAAAAACUGGAGGGUCUUCACUGGCCUGUAUUUAAUGAAGUCGACAACUUGGUUCACAAAGACCAUGAAGGCCUUGACAAUCAAAGGGACUCUGAAAACGGAGGUGACAGUGGAUGUCCUAGUGAAAAAAGGAGUGAUCAGGAAGACAUGGAUCACCGAGAAAAAGGUCAUCUUAACUGCAACCGGAGACAUGAAUCUGAUGAAGACAGCUUGGGCAGUUCUGCACGGAGAAAUGCUGUUCUAAAUAAAUGGUCUGAGACCGCUAAAACGAGUCCCAGGAACAAAAGGGUCAGCGUGGAGAAGUGGAAUCUCUACAACGCCGCGCGGGUCCACGUUCACAGACCCUCCUGCGUUGCGGUGGAGGUUCAGAGACUCAAUGCCCUGGAGCUAGAAAAGAAGAUCGGAAAGUCCAUCCUUGGGAAGGUUCAUCUGGCCAUGGUUCGUUAUCAUGAAGCUGGCCGAUUUUGCGAAAAAGACCAGAAGUGGGAUGAAGAUUCAGCUCUGUUUCAUCUGGAGCAUGCAGCUGAGUGUGGAGAGCUGGAAGCCAUUGUAGGGCUGGGCCUCAUGUAUUCUCAGCUACCUCAUCACAUACUUUCAGAGGUCACAAUACAGGACACAAAGCAAAACAGAACUAAGGGCUUUGACUAUUUGUGCCAAGCAGCAGAAGCUGGAGACCGGCCUUCCAUGAUUCUUGUUGCGAGAGCUUACGACGCAGGCGUGAACCUGGCACCAGACAGAGAGCAGGAUUGGAAAGAAGCCUUGUACUGGUACGACAAAGCUUUGAACAUGACCGAUUAUGACGAAGGGGGCGAGUAUGACGGCACUCAAGAUGAGCCUCGCUAUCUCCUCCUUGCAAAAGAGGCAGAGAUGCUGAUGACGGGAGGGUUUAAUUUGGACAAGGAUCCGCAGAGAUCAGGAGAUCUUUACACUGAAGCCGCUGAGGCCGCUAUGCAAGCCAUGAAGGGGAGGCUUGCUAACCAGUACUAUCAGAAAGCAGAAGAAGUUUGGGCCAUGAUGGAGGAGUGAAAAAUGGCAAAAGACGCUUUUUCCUUGUGUAUAUAUCAAGACCGAGAGCCUUUUUUAAUUUAAAAAGAAGAAAAAAGUAUAUUUUAUUCAGAAGCUGGCUGGGGAAGCAGGGGAGAAACACGUGGGGUUUUUUUAAUGUCCCGUGGGUGGAUCUUCUGUUUAAAUAAGAACUUUUUUUAAUUUCUCACUCGGUUUAGACUCAGACCCGUAUUUGUGGUAGACCUGAGUCCUGCGGUUCUGAUUCCUCUUGAUCUUUUUUUUGUACAAUUGUCCAAGCUGGAAA